AUGGAGUCCAUCGUUGCCGCAUACGGAUCUUCAUCCGAAGCAUCCGACGAUGCUGCUUCAGUAUCGUCGGAAGAUGAAGUGGAGGAAAGCACAUCCGUUGAGCUUAGCGCCGAGGUAGCUACGCAGAUCGGUACCAAGCGCAAGCGCCCCGACGAGCCCCAGUGGAAACGAGCGUUCCCGCACGUAGAUGGGAAUUGGCCAAGCCAUGUACGCAUCGACAUUCCGGUCACCGAAGAGCUACGUGAGAUGGCCAAAUGCGCUAUUGACCGUGCCCAGGAGCUCGUGGGUGAGAAUGUGACACUGGUUCCAUUUGAGGAGCUCAGGCUCGGCGAGUCUUCAUCGACAGGCAGUGGCGGUGGACUGCACUUGAGUCUUUCGCGGGCCUUUAUCCUCACGUAUGACCAGAUCGAAGGCUUCGUAGACUCCCUUCAUACCGCACUUAAAUGGCGACAACGCUUCAGCGUCACCUUGGAGGGAGCGCUAGUAUUGGUGAACGAUGAUAAGACACGCUCAUUCCUGGCACUCCGGGUCAGUGCAGGUGCACAACAAUUUAACCAAGUGCUACGCUGCGUUGACCAGUGCCUUGCUUGCUUCAAGCAGCCGACCUACUACCAGGACCCCAUCCCGCAUGUCAGCAUCGCGUCUUCGAUGGGCGAAGAGCUCGCGCAACUGACACCGGACCAAUUUCACGUGGCCAUCGGCAACAAACACUACGACAUACCGCUCCGCUGA